UCGAAGAAAACCUUAUUAUAGAAUCCUUUGUCAUCUUAUUACAACUCUUUCUUACCACUGUCCAUUUCUCCAUCUCCAUUUCCAUUCUCUCCUUCGCAACAUCAUGUAUCGUUUUGCAGCAAAUCUCGCAUCCAAAGCUCGGAUCGCCAGGAACGGCAACCAACAGAUUGGUGCUAGAUUGAACUGGAACAGAAACUAUGCCGCAAAGGAUAUCAAAUUUGGAGUUGGAGCUCGUGCUUUGAUGCUAAAAGGUGUUGAGGAACUUGCCAAUGCCGUUAAAGUUACAAUGGGACCAAAGGGUCGCAAUGUAGUGAUUGAACAGAGUUAUGGUGCACCCAAAGUGACAAAAGACGGUGUAACUGUUGCAAAGAGUAUUGAGUUCAGUGACAGAGUCAAGAAUGUUGGUGCAAGCUUAGUAAAACAGGUUGCCAAUGCUACGAAUGAUGUAGCUGGUGAUGGUACCACUUGUGCUACUGUACUUACCCAAGCAAUAUUCUCGGAAGGCUGCAAAUCUGUUGCAGCUGGGAUGAAUGCAAUGGACCUAAGGCGAGGUAUUUCUAUGGCUGUUGAUGCUGUUGUAACAAACUUGAAGAGCAGGGCAAGGAUGAUUAGCACUUCUGAAGAAAUAGCACAGGUUGGAACCAUAUCUGCAAAUGGAGAUAGAGAAAUUGGGGAGCUUAUUGCAAAGGCUAUGGAGAAAGUUGGCAAGGAGGGAGUGAUCACCAUUCAGGACGGCAAGACAUUAUUUAAUGAAUUGGAAGUUGUCGAGGGGAUGAAACUUGAUAGAGGUUACAUUUCCCCAUAUUUCAUCACAAACCAGAAGAAUCAGAAAUGUGAAUUAGAAGAUCCCUUGAUUCUUAUCCAUGAGAAGAAAAUAUCCAAUUUAAAUGCUGUUGUCAAGGUUCUUGAGUUGGCAUUGAAGAGACAAAGGCCUCUGCUGAUUGUUGCUGAAGAUGUGGAGAGUGAAGCCUUGGCAACUCUUAUAUUGAAUAAAUUACGCGCUGGGAUUAAGGUUUGUGCCAUAAAGGCCCCCGGCUUUGGAGAGAACAGAAAAGCUGGCAUGCAUGAUCUUGCUGCUCUCACAGGGGGUGAAGUAAUAACUGAAGAGCUUGGUAUGGACCUGGAGAAAGUGGAGUUAAAUUCCCUUGGUUCAUGCAAAAAGGUUACUGUAUCCAAAGAUGAUACAAUUAUUCUUGAUGGUGCUGGUGACAAAAAAGUGUUGGAGGAAAGAUAUGAACAGAUAAGGUCUGGAAUUGAAUUGAGCACAUCUGAUUAUGACAAAGAGAAAUUGCAAGAGAGAUUAGCAAAACUUUCUGGAGGGGUUGCCGUACUGAAGAUUGGUGGGGCGAGUGAAGCUGAAGUCAGUGAAAAGAAAGAUAGAGUUACAGAUGCGCUCAAUGCUACCAAGGCAGCCGUAGAAGAAGGAAUUGUGCCAGGUGGUGGUGUUGCACUUCUCUAUGCAUCGAAAGAGUUGCACAAGUUGACAACAGCUAACUUUGAUCAGAAGAUUGGUGUUCAAAUUAUUCAGAAUGCUUUAAAGACACCUGUGUACACAAUUGCUAGUAAUGCAGGAGUUGAGGGUGCAGUUGUUGUUGGUAAACUACUAGAACAGGAAAACCCAGAUAUUGGAUAUGAUGCAGCCAAAGGAGAAUAUGUCGAUAUGGUAAAGGCUGGAAUCAUAGACCCGGUGAAAGUUAUUAGAACAGCUUUGGUUGAUGCUGCAAGUGUUUCAUCGUUAAUGACAACCACAGAAGCAGUUAUUGUUGAACUCCCCAAGGACGAGAAGGAUAGUCCAGCAAUGGGUGGUGGUGGUAUGGGAGGAAUGGGCGGCAUGGGCUUCUGAUAAUGUUCUUCUGUCUGGCAUUGUUUCCGACUGACCCAUAUUUUUUCAAUAAAUGCUUAGAGAUUUUGCAUCUAAAUUGGAUCUCCAAACUGUAACAACCAUUAUGAGUUUAGGUCAGAUAUAAUUUGUAUAAGGGAAAGGAUAUAUAGAACUGCAAGCAUAUCCCCACAUUAUUGUUCUUUGUCGUAGCAGAAUAAUAAUUUUUGCCUUGUACUUUUACGGAUUGAUUACGGUUGAGAAAAUACCUUUUCUUGUAUU